AUUUCUCGGAAGUUGGGUUUGGGCUGUUUCUCCUCCUUAAUGUGGGACGUCUCACGGAUUCCGUCGCUAGCUGGAAAAGUGGCGGUUGUCACGGGCGGCAACUCGGGAAUCGGUUUCUCUACGGCUCUGGAGUUGGUUCGCAAAGGGGCGCACGUGGUGCUCGCUUGCCGCAAUGCUGAGCGCGCGCAGAAGGCCGUGGACUCCAUCAAGUCGGAACUGGAACCAGAGACCGCAGCCGUGGAAUUCUUGCUACUCGACCUGAGCGACCUGAACAGCGUCCGAGUCUUUGCUGAGACUUUCCAAGCCAAAUUCGACCGAUUAGACCUGCUAGUAAACAACGGGGGCAUUCUGGUGCCCCACCCAACGCACACACCCGACGGCCUCGAGAUGCAGUUCGCUGUGAACCAUUUAGGUCAUUUCUACCUGACGCAUCUUCUAUUCGAUCUCCUUAAAAAUGGAGAUGGAGUUUCUCGUAUUGUGAACGUGAGCAGCUUAUCACACCGCUGGGUGAAGAUGAAUCUAAGCACAUUGGCCAGGUCCAAACCUAAUAAGAAGCUCUACGCAAAAGAAUAUGGAACGUCCAAGCUGGCCAACAUGCUUUUCACGUUCGAGCUGGAUCGACGUAUUACGGCAGCGGGUUUGGCAGACAGAGUGAUCAUCGUGGCUGCUCACCCUGGCAUCACCUCGUCGGAUAUUGCGCCCAAACUGCUUGCGACCUACCUCCCAUCCUGGAUGCUAAGCUUCAUCGUUAAGCUGGCAGACAUGCUUCACAUCAUGCAAGCUACUGAGCGCGGUGCGCUUCCGUCGAUCUUCGCCGCGACGGACGCAUCGGUUAGAAGUGGAGACUUCUUCGGCCCCGAUGGGUUCUUGGAGAUUCGAGGCAAAGGCCCAACAAAGGCCAAAUCCAGCGCUGCUAGUCAUUCUGAAGAAGAUGCUGCUGCACUAUGGACAAUGAGUGAAGACCUUGCCAACUGCACGUUCAGUGUAACGUAGAGUUUAUUCGUGUCGAUAAAAUCCAAAAGCGAACACUGGCACGUUAACUUCAACUUCUGAAAUAGGGAAAUCAAGUAAUUUCAGCAUUAGAUCUACCGACUCCCGAAAGUAACUCUCCCGACAUUCCAGUGC